CACUUCAAAGUUUGAGCGGACGCGCUGAACUGCGGGAGGGUGGGAAGGGGAUUAGUUUCCACCGUGAGCUGCUGUAAUGGGACAGUGUUCCGGUAAGACGAUCCCCACCACGGGAGAUGUUGAUGGCGCAACCACUAUUACAUCGUACGCUGAUCAGCCGUCCCGGAGUCCUCCGCCUUCGUCCGCCGUCGACCAUGCCGGGGCCAACACUCCCUCUGUGAAGAACACGCCGGCGAGAUCCUCGGCUGCGACCAGCCCCUGGCCUAGUCCUUACCCGCACGGGAGUAGUGUACCAGGGGGAGCCAGUCCCUUGCCAUCUCCUGCAAGGUCCACUCCUAGGCGGUUCUUCAAGCGCCCGUUUCCACCGCCUUCUCCGGCUAAGCACAUUAAAGCUUCCCUUGCAAGGAGAUUUGGACAUGCUAAGACGCCAAGAGAAGGCCCGAUCCCAGAGGAUGGUGCCUCCGAGCCCGAUCAGUCUCUGGAUAAGAAUUUCGGAUACAACAGGAACUUCGGUUACAAGUACGAAUUGGGGAAAGAGGUGGGGCGGGGGCAUUUCGGCCAUACUUGCUACGCCCGUGGCAAGAAAGGAGAGCUCAAGGACCUUCCUCUCGCCGUCAAAAUCAUUUCCAAAGCAAAGAUGACAACAGCAAUAUCUAUUGAAGAUGUUCGUAGAGAAGUAAGGAUUUUAAAAUCUCUCUCAGGUCAUAGACAUCUCGUCAGAUUUUAUGAUGCCUGUGAGGAUGCCAAUAAUGUUUACAUUGUCAUGGAGUUAUGUGAAGGAGGAGAAUUACUUGACAGAAUAUUGUCGCGGGGUGGUAGAUACCCGGAAGAUGAUGCAAAGCUUAUUGUUGUACAAAUUCUGAGUGUAGUUGCAUUCUGUCAUCUACAAGGAGUUGUUCACCGCGACUUGAAGCCUGAGAACUUUUUGUUCACGUCUAGAAAUGAAGAUGCUGAUAUGAAGCUAAUUGAUUUUGGUCUUUCUGACUUCAUUAGACCAGAUGAAAGACUUAAUGAUAUUGUUGGAAGUGCAUAUUAUGUGGCGCCAGAAGUGCUCCACAGAUCGUACAGUUUGGAUGCAGAUAUAUGGAGCAUUGGAGUGAUAACUUAUAUUCUGUUAUGUGGAAGCAGACCAUUCUGGGCAAGGACAGAAUCUGGAAUAUUCCGUGCAGUCCUACGAGCAGACCCCAACUUUGAAGAUUUGCCAUGGCCUUCUGUCUCCCAAGAAGCCAAGGACUUUGUUAAAAGGCUUCUUAACAAGGAUUAUAGGAAAAGAAUGACUGCUGCUCAAGCUUUGAUGCAUCCGUGGCUGCGGAGUGAAAGCCAUCCUAUUCCUCUAGAUAUAUUGGUCUAUAAAUUGGUCAAGAGCUAUCUAAAUGCCACCCCUCUCAAACGUGCAGCAUUAAAGGCUCUAUCGAGGGCAUUAACAGAUGAUGAACUUGUUUACCUGAGGGCACAGUUUAUGCUGUUGGAACCUAAUAAAGAAGGGUGUAUCUCUGUUGAAAACUUCAGAAUAGCUCUUUCGAGAAAUGCUACUGACGCUAUGAAAGAGUCAAGAGUCCCAGAGAUUCUGAAUACGAUGGCACCACUAUCAUAUAGAAAGAUGGACUUUGAGGAGUUCUGUGCAGCUGCCAUCAGCACUUACCAGCUUGAAGCCCUCGACAGCUGGGAGCAAAUCGCAUCAACCGCUUUUGAGAUUUUUGAACGGGACGGAAACCGUGUGAUUUCUGUAGAGGAAUUGGCUAGGGAGUUGAAUGUGGGUCCCACUGCCCACACAAUCCUGAGAGAUUGGAUAAGGAAUGAUGGGAAACUCGGUCUGCUUGGGUACACUAAAUUUUUGCAUGGUGUCACAUUUCGCAGUGCAAAUGCAAGACAUCAUUAGGGGGGAGGGGGUGAUUUGGUGUAUUCAACCUGAAAUAGAUUUUCUUAGUUUUUCAUACACAUUCAUGUUCUUCUAAUUACAUGCAUUUUUUUUUGAAUUACCCUUUUCCGUGUGGAUUAGGGAGGGAAAAGAACUUGUGUAAAAAGAAUGAAUAUAUAGAGGAGAGUAGAGUGGGGAGCGAGUUAAAUAGGAAGAUUGUUUCGGGCGGGUUGGGGGCAAAAAUUCGUUGUCCAUCCAAUUCCGUUGAGACGGCUUGCUUACUUUGGCUCUUGGCUGAACAGCAGGUGGUUUGAUUACAGCUUCUACGUGCUCUCUAUAUCAACUGCACCAAUACACCCAUUCCAUCUUUUCCGUGACCGAAGCCUAUUCAGACCACCCAGACCAAUAUUCUCUCAAGUCUCAAUACAUCUAAAUAUUCAUCUCAAUACAAAAAUAAUGUAAUACAAAUAUAAUGUAUUUAUGGCACAUAUUGUUCCAUUAGGUCUCAUAAAUUAAAUUAUGAGAUAUGCAUAAAGUCCGGUUUUGUUCCCGGACCAGUUCUAAAAAAGGAAAAUGGAAAUUAAUAAUUCAACCUUUUAGCAGUCUUCUUACAACAGUCCCACCUUUUCGUAAUUCAAGAAUAAAUCAACCUUUGCAUCUCAUCUUCAUUCGUUGGUUUCUGACCGGUUGAUGACCUGCUAUUCCAAAUUAUUUUCUUAUCUUUGCAAACAAUUAUACCAUAAAUCUCACCUUUCACAAAAAUAAUAUUUUGCAAAGAUAAGAAAAUAACUUGGAAUAGCAGGUCAUCAACCGGUUAGGGACCAGUGAAUGAAGAUGAGGUGCAAAGGUUGGAUUAUUCAUGAAUAACGAAAAGGUGGGACUAUUGUAAGAAGACUGUUAAAAAGUUGGAUUAUUAGUUGGGAAUUUUUCACAACUGGACUAUUGGUAAUUUCAGUUUUUUCAUUUUUGAAAGUUUUUUCAAAUAUAAACAAGUUGAAGUUUCCUUUUCAAUUAGAGACCCUACGUGUAGUGGUGGACCCGGUUCAGGCCGCCCGGCCCGUUACUGUACGGGCCCGGAACCGGCCCGGUUCUCGGGUCUGGUUCGGGCACCGAACCGGUGGGGGGUGGCGGGUCCGGGCUCGGGUGUUGGUUUUGGUGGCCCGGGUCGGGCCCGGGCCUAACGGUCCUAUUUUUUUAAAAAAAACAAUUCUUCUAAUUUUAAACAUUUUUUCACACCUCUUCUCCAACUCUACCUAAAUCCUACUCUCUAUUCAUCUCCAAUUCUCCAUAUUCAUCUUCUCAAAUUCUCUUAUUCUCCUUUAUAUUUUAUUUUACUAUUUAAUACUUAUACAAUUAUUAUAUCUACUUAUAUAUUAAUUAUCUACUUAUAAAUACAUAUACUAUGUUACUUAUAUUUCUUAUCUACUUAAUCUCUACUUAUAUCUCUUAAUACAUACAUACAUACUACAUCUACUUAAUAUAUACUUUAUAUAAUAAAGUAUUAAAUAUACUUUAUAAACUAUUACUAUAUACUUAAUACAUAAUAAUAUCUACUUCUCUACUUAUAUUUUAUAUAUACUUAUUUUCUUAUUUUCCAAUCUCCAAUUCUCCAUUAUACUCUAAUAUUUA